CAUCAUGUUAUGCUGUUUGUUUUAUUCUGACCACCAGUGACUUCCUACUAUGGAUCCUUGCUCAAACCAAACUUUGACUCUAGCAGCACUGGGACGGCCCUUCUCCCUGGGAAUGCUGUAUGACUGUCGCAAUGAUCACCUCAUUCCAGGCCUGACGCUGUGGGACGAGGAAGCACUCAGAAGGGACAUCAUUACAACAGAUGAGCCUUUCACUGACUUCAAAGUCAUCAUAUCUGAUUCUACAGCUGACAAAUACUCCGUGUUAAAUGUAAACGGCUCUCUCAAAACAAGCUGUUUGGCAGGGCUGGUUAAGGUGGAGGGAUCAGCAAAGUAUUUGAAAGAUGUUAAAGAGUCUCAGAAUCAGGCGAGAGUCACACUUUGGUACACCAUUACUAAGAAAAACACUCAACUGUCCAUGAACCACCUUGGGCAGGAACACAUAAAGUACAAGGAGGUUUUUAGGGAAGGCAUAGCUACACAUGUGGUCACAGGUAUACUUUAUGGAGCAAAUGCUUUCUUUGUGUUCGAUCGUGAGGUCUCAAGUGACGAGGACCGUAAAGACAUUGAGGGAAGCUUUAAAGUGACGCUUAAUAGCAUUCCCUAUGUUUCUAUUGGGGGUGAGGUUGCUUUAGACAAGAAGAACACUUCUGAAACUACAACUGACAAGUUCUCUUGUAGAUUCCAUGGGGACGUUCUCCUGGAAAACAAUCCUGUAUCUUUUCAAGAUGCCAUGGACACCUACAAAACCUUGCCUCAGAAGGUAGGUGAGGGGGUUCCUGUGCAAGUGAAUCUACUUCCGUUAAAAGAAUUGGACCCCACCGCCACCCAGAUGGUUUGUCAGAUCAGUGGAAGCUUAGUUGACCAAUGGCAGACUGCGCUGGAAGACCUCAGUGAGCUGGAGAUGAGAUGCAAUGAUGCAAUGAGAAGCAAGCCUGUAAAAUACUUCAAGGAAAUUAAUGCCAAAGUAAAAACCUUUAAAAAACUGUGUUUGACAGAGAAUUUGAAGACUACUUUGGCAGACCUCCUUCCGUCUAUUAGAGGGGGAGAAAAGGAAGAAAGGGUGUUGUCCGAAUUCUUGAAAAAGCAGCAAGAGUUCCGUUUCAACAGCAACAUCCUCAGUGAAUGUCUGGAUCGCAUUGAGAGAGAGAUCAAUGUGGUUGAUCGAUUCCUAAGCAUGAUUACAGAGGACUACAGUCAGACGUGUUCCACCAAGAUAGUCACAUCGAAGAAGGAACUUGACAAAGAGGUUUUGAACUCAAAGGUGAAGCGUGUUGUAUGUUUCACUUUCACCUCUCUGGGGUGUGAGGACCCGGUCCUGUCAGCUUUGGAUUCCCCAAGCUCUGAGAACACACAAGCCUUACUUCCAGUUAAACCUGAUCUGACAAGAUGGUACCAUUAUGAUAAUGUAUUUGAUGACAUGAACAAGCAAGCUGGACUUUUCAAAGAUUUUGCCGAAGCUAACAAAGAGGACACACAAACACGUUUCCUCUCGGCCUCCAUUCCCAACAAGGAACAAGAAGGAGCCAGCAUUUACCUUUAUGAGAACGGAUCCAUAAGAAACGAGCAUUGGGAGCCUCCAUCUAAACCUGAGAAGCCAACAGCACGUGACAGAACUCACAACAGUGUGACACUGGAGCUGCUCCCUCCUAAUAGGGGAGCCCAUGACGUCACCCACUACCUGAUAGAAUACUGUAUUGAUGAGAAAGAUGGAUGGAGCAGCGAGAAGACGUCUGAAUCUGAUGCAGCCUACACAGUGUCUGGACUGCUUCCCAGUACAGGGUACAAGUUCAAAUACAGAGCCGUGUGUUCAGCCGGCCUUGGUCCAGACAGCGAGGUGAGUGACAUCAUCAAAACCUUGCCUUCCUGCCCUCCCAGUAAGCCUGAAAUCAAAGCCUACUCCACUGAGCUCAUGGUAUGCUGUCCAACACCGUCUGUGAUUGGACAAGGGGUCAAGAUUCAGAACUAUGUGGUAGAACACAAAGAGGUGCCCACAGAGGAGUGUGAGGAGGAGGCAGAGUGGAUGAAGAGGACUUCCAAAGACAACGUCUGCAUCAUCGCUGGACUGCAGUCCCUCACAAAGUACACAGUGAGAGUCAGAUACAACUGUGGUGAAGCUGGAAUCAGCAAGUGGAGCACACCAGUCGUCAUCGCCACUCUCUCAAAGACAACACGAUUGGCUGACGGUGUAAAAGAAAAGAGUGAACUGAAGCACUCUGGCUCGCCGUCUGUUUAUGAGAUCCCCAUGGAAACGAUACAGCCGGAGAAUGAAGUAGCCAGGCUCAGGUUUGGAGAGCAGAGUUCCAGGACCAGGAGGACAAUCUAUCUGGUGGGAGACAAAGACCAGGUAAUGGAGCUGAUGAUUAACUACAUCCUGGGAGUUCAGUGGGAGAAUGGGUUCCGCUUCAAGCUACCCCAAGAUGACGAGGUAUCUACAAUGAUAUAUGAAAUCAAUUACCAGGAUGGAUUCCAGAUCCCCUUCUCUCUCACCAUUAUCUAUGAUAGACAAGACAAGUGUAAAUCAAUAGAUUUGGCCCAGAUCAGGGUCAAUGCUCUGUGCUCUGUGUGCGAUGCGGCUGAGUUUAGGGAUCUAGACUCUGAAGAUUGUAAAGAAAUGAAGAGAUGGGAGAAGAGAAGGAAGAUGCUGAUCCUGUUGACACAUGCAGAUGGAGGGCAACUCUUUAAACACAUCGACCCUGAGGACAUUCCUGUUCACUUCAAGUUCAAUCUGUCAGCGUUUACAGACCAUGCCAGGAGAAGCCACGCUGAUGGUGACGGAGCCAUGAUGAUGAGGAGGAGUCGCCAUGACGUAAUGAGGGGAAUCCGUGACAAGAUGAGGGAAAUGAGGAGUCACCAUGACAUGAUGAAGGAGAUGAGGGAUCCCCAUUACAUGAUGUGGAUGAUGAGGAGAAGCAUUGAUGAGGACGAUGACCAUGAUGAUGGUGGUGGUGAUGAUGACGGUGGUGAUGAUGAUGAUGGUGACGAUGAUGACCAUCCUCAGUUUGAGAAGAUGUUCUGGGAUGCAGAUAUGGGGAGUAUGAAGAGGCUUUUCAAGACCUUGUUGAAAAUGGAGAGUUCAUGUUCCCUCAAAGACCUGAUUGGUUGAAUACAGUGUGUUUGUUUAUUUAACAGGCCAACUUCAUCUUGCUAUCAUCUUGGUGUCCAUAAGGCAGAGACAAGUCCUCUCCUCUUUUAAUGGUCUAAAGCCUAUUGGCCCUUCAUUUCCUUUAGUUUCCCUCUACUGUUCUACUGUUCUACUGUUCUCCCCAGAUGUUUUGGGAUGUCCUCUACUGUCCUACUGUUCUCCCCAGAUGUUUUAGACAGUGGGAACCAUAUGUGUUGUUCUGAUCCUGUGAGUUAUAUUGACAAUAUGUUUUCAUUUAAACCACGUAGGCUUUAAUAAACUCACCUUCUCCCUGUCUGACUACAACUCCUUCCUGAGCUCCAGGAUGUGUUUAAUAGUGUGAACGAGACAUCUGCUUCAAAAUAAUAAUUAACCUAAAAAGUCAUGCAAAAUAAUGUUAUAUUAUGACA